AUGCUCGGUGGAGGCGCUCGCUUCGAUAAGAAGCGCUUUAAGGAGGACAUUGAAGUCUUUCAGCCCAAGGCUGUCUCGACAGGCCUGAAUGCCGAUACUGAGGCUGCGCUCGCCACAGAGCUGGACUUUUUCAAGAAUAAGAAGUCUGUUGUCAAGAAAGCACCAGCCAAGAAGGCUGAAAAGAAAAAAACACAAAGUGAAAGCGCCAGCGAAGAUGAAGAUGAUAGUGGAGAGAGCAGUGGAGAGGAUCAAACGCACGAAGGCGACGAAUCAGAGGAUGAAGAUGGCGACAAGAGCGAAAGCGACGACGACGAAGACCAGGAGGACCAGGAAGACGAGUCUAUCGGAUUUGAGGACAAGGAGCAAUUAGCAUUGUUCCGCAGCCAUCUGAAGAUCAGGGUCUAUGGUACCGAUAUCCCUAACCCAUUCAGGUCUUUCGAUGGCAUGGCCAAACAAUAUCAGCUGGACCCUUAUCUUCAGCGCAACAUUCUUUCCUCUGGGUUUAAGCAACCAACGCCUAUUCAGAUGCAGGCUAUCCCUGUCUUCCUUCACGGACGUGAUCUGAUGGCAAUGGCACCUACGGGCUCAGGAAAGACGAUGGCGUUCGUGCUCCCUAUUUUGCACGAUUUGAAGGGACCAGAGAAAGUCGGCUACAGGGCAGUGAUCAUCUCGCCCACUCGUGAAUUGGCUACUCAGAUCUUCAACCAGAUUAAGAAGCUGAGUGUGGGCAGGAAGUUCAAGAUUUGCAUGUUAACUAAGGCAACUGCGGCGACUCAGGGACAGGCUCCUCACCUUCGACAGAAAUACGACAUCUUGAUCAGCACUCCACUUCGACUUGUCCAUGCAAUCCAACAAGAAAAGAUGGAGCUUGACCAUGUCCGUCAUUUGGUUCUGGAUGAGGCUGACAAGUUGCUGGAGCAGGGAUUCUUGGAGCAAACAGACGAGAUUUUCGCCGCAUGUUCACACCCAUCUCUUCAAAAGUCCCUAUUCAGUGCCACCCUCCCCUCUGGUGUCGAAGCCCUUGCCAACACUUUUAUGAGGUCCCCCAUCAGGAUCGUCAUCGGUUCCAAGAACGCCGCCACAGAAACUAUCACCCAAAAACUCAUUUACUGCGGCUCUGAGGAGGGAAAGCUUAUCGCGAUUCGGCAACAGAUCCAGAAGGGACUCAAACCACCAGUUUUGAUUUUCGUGCAGAGUAUCGAGCGUGCAAAGGAGCUGUUCCAUGAGCUGAUCUAUGACGGCAUCAACGUGGACGUGAUUCACUCGGAGCGUACGAAGGCACAGCGUGACAAGAUCGUGGAGGGGUUCCGGCAGGGUAAGGUCUGGGUGCUGAUCGCUACAGAGCUGAUGGCUCGUGGUGUGGAUUUCAAGGGUGUCAAUCUAGUUAUCAACUAUGAUUUCCCACAAACGGUUCAGUCGUAUAUCCAUCGUAUCGGUCGUACUGGUCGUGCUGGACGUUCGGGUGAGGCCAUCACCUAUUUCACAAACGAGGACCAAACAUAUUUGAAGAGCAUCGUCAACGUCAUGCGGGAAUCAGGAUGUGAAGUUGCAGACUGGAUGUUGGCCAUGAAGAAGCCAAGUAAAAACCAAAAGAAAAAUCUGCGACAGAUGCCCUUGGGUCGUAGUUCGAUUAAUACCAUGUCAUCGUACGACAAGAAGAAGAUUGCCCAUAAGCGGGAUAUGAUCGCCAACAGCAAAAAGAGGAAGGCGAACGGUGCAACACCAACAGCAAAUGGAGGGCACAAGAAGAGCAAGGGAGACAACUCCAGUGCAUAA